GUUUCUUGUUCCUGAUUUCAGCGAUGGCGGCUGCUGAUCUGAGAGACGAGCUGAGCUGCUCCAUCUGCCUGAGCAUUUAUACUGAUCCGGUAUCCCUGCCCUGUGGCCAUAACUUCUGCCGGGGCUGCAUUGGGGGGGUGCUGGGUACCCAGGAGGGGUCUGGGCGUUAUUCCUGCCCUGAAUGCAGAGCUGAGUAUCAGGAGCGCCCUGCCCUGCCCAGGAACAGAGCUCUGGGGAACAUAGCAGAGAGGUUCCGUCCGACUGAGACAGAGCCGGGGGAGACUGGGAUCUUCUGCACUUACUGUCUCCUCUCUCCUGUACCUGCUGCUAAAUCCUGUCUCCUGUGUGAGGCUUCUCUGUGUGAUACCCACCUGAGGGGGCACUGCCAGUCAGCAGAACAUGUACUCACUGAGCCCACCGCUUCCUUUAUGGGGAGAAAAUGUUCUGUACAUCACAAGGUUCUGGAGUAUCACUGCUGUGAGGACUCUGCCUGUAUCUGUGUGUCCUGCUGCCUGGCCGGGGGGCACCGGGGCCACAGGGUGGAGCUGCUGAGUGAGGCCUCUGAGAAGAAGAAAGAGAAACUGAGGAAAGUUCUGGAGAAACUGAGCCCAGAGAGAGAGGAGACUGAGAGAGGAACCCAGAGGCUGCAGGAGCGCAGGAGAGAAGUGGCAGAAGCGGCAGCCGGUGAGACAGAGAGAGUCACUGCCCUGUUUAGGGGCAUCAGGGAAGAGCUGGAAGCCCUAGAGAAGCGUCUCCUGAGUGACAUCUCCAGGCAGAAAGAGGAGCUCUCACUCACACUCACUGAGCUGAUCCAACAGCUGGAAAUAAAGAAGGACGAGCUGUCCAGGAAGAUCCGGCACAUUGAGGAGCUGUGCAACAUGGCAGAUCCACUCACUGUCCUACAGGAACAAUGGGAAUCCCAUGGAGCUGCCUUUUGUGGGGCUGAGGGGGCAGAUACUGAGGGCAGAGAGAGAGGGGGUAUAAAGGACCCGGCUGUAGGGGAUCUGGAUGUGGGUCGGAUCUCAGAGACAUUACUCACAGGCUUAGCUGGGAUUGUGACUGGGGUAGAGGGAAGGAUCUAUGGGCAGGAGGCUACAGAGCUGGUACUGGAUAUAAACACGGCUGGGACUGGUGUAUCUGUAUCAGGGGACGGGAAAUCUGCUUCCUACUCACAUACAGACCGGCGUCGCCCCCGAACCCCAGAGAGAUUUCAGGUUCCUCAGGCUUUAAGCACCAGGAGUUUCCCCUCAGGGCGACAUUACUGGGAAGUGGAGGGCAGUGAAUCAGGGGGCUGGAGGGUAGGGGUGGCCUAUCCCAGUAUAGAGAGGGUAGGGGGUCAGUCCUGCAUUGGGAAUAAUAACAAGUCCUGGUGUUUUUACAGAUGGAAUAAUAAUAACUAUACAGUGACACAUGACAGGAAAGACACACAGUUGCCCCACGCCCCUUCCUGCAGGAGAAUCAGGAUCUCAUUGGACUAUGAGGCCGGACGCCUGUCCUUUUAUGAGCUGAGUGAGCCAAUCAGGCACUUACACACCUUCACUGCCUCCUUCACUGAGCCCCUUCAUGCUGCAUUCUGUGUAGGGGGGGGAGGUACCUGUGUGAGAAUCAUUAGUUAG